AAACAAAUACCACCAUAGCUGAUGCUUGCACAAAUAUACAAGGGGAGUGGUGUAAAACUCUGAAUUGUGCAUAAAUCGAAUUUCGUAUGAUUAUCGGCUUUUGGAAGGAAAGAGCGAUAAGCCUUAUCUUUAGGAGGAGAAUCUUGGGUUUUUGAAAAGGCGGACUAAAAUCUCAAAAUAUUUCCUUCUAGGUCUCUCGAUUCCCUACUAACUCUCUACUAACCUUUCGCACAACCCACACCAACCACACUCAGCUUUUUUCAUCUUGGCCAUUUUAAUUUUGCUCGUGUGUCCCUUCUCAAGAGACUUGCAGUACUUGCGAAGAGAUUGAUCGAGUGGAACUGAAGUAUUUGGAGACCUUUCGACUUUAUCUUAUCAGGUUUUCAUCGGCGGAAGUUGACGAUAUCACACAUUAACUAAUAAUUUAAUACCUCCUCAUCAUGGCGCGUCCUCCAAAUCGAAAUCCAACAACUUUCUAUGAAUACGAACAUGGAACAUCAAGAUCUCCUAGAGGCUCUAUUAGUAGUAAUAGAAGUGUCCGAUUUGACUCGGGCGAUUUCUCUCCAUCUGCAGAGUCUGAUUAUUUAGUCCCCGGUGAUCAAAAUGAUCAAAAUGAAGGUCUUAGAAGACGGAGGUAAUCUUUCCUUUCCCUCCUCUGCCUGUCUGGACAGCUAAUAUGUUUUUCGAAGGUCCUCAAUUGCCAUGCGAUUCAAUUCCAUUACCCAUGCUGGAGGCGUGAACAGUAUCGAAAACUUCGCGCGAAGUCUGACACGAGCUUCCGCAUUCCACGAGAUUACUCCGCGUCGUCCAUCAUUUAUACUUGCAGAGGAUAGCACUGAGGAAGGUGAUGGUGGAGAUCUAGAAUAUGUAGGAGUACAGACGGACUAUGGGCGGAUCUCUCGUUCUUCCUUGAUCAGAGAGCAGUUACGGAGAUCGACUUCAGAUAAUACGGUUGAUGAUGAGUCUGCACUUGGAGAUGAAACAGAAGGCAGCCUGUCCCGAGUCGCCAGUCACAGGAAGUCCGAGGGGGAACGUGUUGCUGGAGGCGAUCAUGCAAGCGUACAAGGAAGUGUAAGGGGGAACCAAUCUAUCUUUGCGAUUGCCCCGCAUCUAUCAACUCCUCUAGCAGGAAGCUAUGGAACAUCUUACGGUACAUUACGUUCAACAUUGAACGAAUCAUCAAUGGUUCAUGCCGGCCAGCUUUGGCGACAACAGCAAGCUACCGGCGCAAAUGUUGCAGACGGGGAACACUUGCCACUGAUCGUCAAGGAGGUCGAAGAAGAUGGGAAAAUUGUGCUUGUUGUUGAGGGGCAGUCCACUCUUCCACAGACAAUCCUUAACUCCACAAACGUUCUUAUCGGAGUUGGUUUACUCAGUCUCCCCAUGGGGUUGAAGUACUCAGGAUUGUUAUGCGGCAUGAUAUUGCUCCUUCUAUCAGCACUUGUUACGUCAUAUACUGCGAAGUUAUUGGCCAAGUGCAUGGAUCGAGAUCACAGUCUUCUGAGCUUCGCAGACAUUGCCUAUGCAUCCUAUGGCCGCAGAGCAAAUAUAGCGACUAGUAUACUUUUCACUAUGGAGCUUCUUGCGGCAUGCGUUGCCCUGAUUGUUCUUUUUGCAGAUUCCCUGAACUCACUAAUUCCAUCCGUCGGAGUAAAUGAGUGGAAAGUUCUCUGCGGUCUUCUUUUGAUACCGCUUAAUUUUGUCCCUCUACGUCUAUUGAGUUUCACCAGCAUUCUUGGGAUCAUAUCGUGCUUUUCAAGUAUGUAAAGAUGACCUGCGACUCCAACACCUUGGCUGACCAUGAUAGUUGUACUAAUAAUUCUCAUCGAUGGCUUCGUAACACCACGAACUCCUGGUUCUUUACUGGAACCCGCAACUCAGUACAUAUUUCCAGCCAACGUAAGCCAUCUGCAUGUUGCUUAUUUUAAUUCCUCGAUCUAUCUGCACUGUGGCUACUCCCGCCAUAUCAAUAACAAAAUAAAUUUUUGUUUGAACCGAUGCAUUCAAGUAGCGGUUCUCAAAUCCAAAAGAGCACCCCUAGUUUAAAGUCAUCGAGGAUAAGGACGCCGCUCUGAUUUUGCACUCUACUGACUCUGAUUCCCUUUAGUGGCUCACUCUUCCACUUUCGUUCGGCCUUAUGAUGUCGCCUUGGGGGGGACACUCGGUCUUUCCCAACAUUUAUCGUGACAUGAGACAUCCAUAUAAAUUCGACAAAGCAGUCAAAUAUACAUUCAGUUUCACAGUAAGUUCCAUUCAAUCUCCAGCUCUACAUUGUGCUAAUAAAAAUCCCCAGUAUGUGCUCGAUGCUACAACUGCACUAGCUGGAAUAUUGAUGUUUGGAGGUAAGUUCCCAUCGAUUUUCAGUUUUCGGGCUCUUUUGCGCUCGUAUUCGUCGUUUUGUCCAUUUUUCUUAACUCCCGAGCAUGCUUCUCUCGCAAACCGCCUCUGUGCGAAACGGCUACUGACAUUCCUAUAGAUAACGUCAUGGAUGAAGUCACAGCCAACAUUAUCGGAAACUCAAGCUAUCCUCGCAGCUUAUCGCUUAUGAUAUGCAUUUUCAUUGCCAUCAUCCCUUUGACCAAGGUUCCCCUGAACGCUCGCCCCAUCGUGUCUACAAUCGAAUUGCUCUGUGGACUUGACUCUCGCGCUAUGGCUGAAUCACCGGCCCUUACUGGACUCUCAAGCUACACCCGUGGUAUAAUGAAAAUCGCCGUUCGUAUCAUUGUACUAAUCGUAUUUGUGAUCAUAGCAAUCGUCUUUCCGGCUUUCGAUAGUAUUAUGGCGUUCAUGGGUUCCGCUUUGUGCUUUAGCAUUUGUGUGAUUCUGCCGCUUCUGUUCUACGUCAAGAUGUUUGGGGGAGAGAUUAGUAGGAGAGAACUGAUCUUGGAUUAUUGCUUGAUUGUCAUUAGUUCUAUAAUGGCGAUUGUGGGUACUGUUUGGGCUUUCUUGCCCAAAGAUCUCAUUCAUGCCGAAUAAUGCGGGCACGGUGAGCAAGCGCAUUUAUGAUAUUUUAGGAAAGGUUGCACAUAUUUUUCUGUAAUUCUCUAUGCUGUUAAUGUUUAUACGGGUUAACAUUGGAGUUCUGCAUCAUAUACGGAUGGUGGUCAUUUGAUACUCCCUAUUCAAUCGCCUCCAUACCCAAGUCGUCGAUAUAGUUUGUAUUUAGUUCCUGCGUUCUUUCUUGUGGGGAAAUGGAGAAAAGUUGUUGUUUGCUGUUAGCCGUUUAUUUUAUAUACAUGACGGGAAUGAAACACAUAGGUACAUACUCAGAAUUGGAAUAAAAUAGCAUAUACCACCCAC